GGCCCCGGGCAGCUGUGCUGUCUGCGGGAGGACGGCGAGCGGUGCAGCCGGGCGGCGGGCAACGCCAGCUUCAGCAAGAGAAUCCAGAAGAGCAUCUCCCAGAAGAAGGUGAAGAUCGAGCUGGACAAGAGCGCAAGGCAUCUUUACAUUUGUGAUUAUCAUAAAAACUUAAUUCAAAGUGUUCGAAACAGAAGAAAGAGAAAAGGGAGUGAUGACGAUGGAGGUGACUCACCCGUUCAAGAUAUUGAUUCUCCAGAGGUUGAUUUAUACCAGUUACAAGUAAAUACACUUAGAAGAUACAAAAGACACUUCAAGCUACCAACCAGACCAGGACUUAAUAAAGCCCAACUUGUUGAGAUAGUGGGUUGCCACUUUAGGUCUAUUCCAGUGAACGAAAAAGACACCUUAACUUAUUUCAUCUACUCAGUGAAGAAUGACAAGAGCAAGUCAGACCUCAAGGUCGAUAGUGGUGUUCACUAGGGUGAUACUUGGGCGUUCAGAUGUUAAGACUGUUUACUGGUUUUCACAUGUAGAAAUGUUUCUUGUGUAUUUUUUCUAAGGAGAAUUUACUCUGGUUUUAUUUUCAUUGUUUCUGACGAAUAAUUAGUUGGAAACUCAUAUACAAUGAGCUUCCUAGAUGAAAAAUAUUUUAAAUAAAGGCUAUUACUAUUAUAGUUG